CAGACUCACCUACACACGAGAUUAUAAGAGUAGAACGAAUGAUCUCAUUUUUAGUACUUUUCUGGGCACCUAUUAAUUUAGAAGUGACUACAACACAGUAAACUAAAGUUGAUAAAGUCUUUGAUUUAUCAUAAAGGUGGAUUAAGUUUCAGAGAUGGCAGCUCAUCAUAUUCUCGCAGAUCAUGCUCAGCAUCUGCUGACUUGCUGCACUCCGAGUUUGUCCUCGUCCAGUUCAACAUCAUUAAGUAGGAGACCACCUGCGGAGCUAGAGGUGGCGACUAGUUUCGCGGAGCUAGAGCCUUCUCCUUACCAAGUGGAAAUCUCUUGCCCAAAAGAGCAUGAGUCGGAUGCACAGCGCUUUUGGCGACCGAGCAAGGAAACCACGCACGAAGCACGUCUAAGACAUAGGGUCGAAAAAAUGACGCCUGGCUUUAUCGAGACAGCACUUAGCUUUGCAGUGCCUUUUGGAACGGCUUUGCUUGGAGGAGUCUUUUUCCGCUACUACAAAGACAGUAAGAAACGCGAAGCGAGAGUGUUUGAAGAAGAAGAACGGAUCCGAAGGGAGUUGAAUCCAACGAAAGAAGACCUUCAUGAAAUGAAUUUCGAUGAUGGCAGCAUAGACCAUCCACCGACCUCACCUGGGAUGACAACGAGUCGGGACGCGAGUUCUCCUGGAUUUAGUCCUGGUGGAGGUGGAAGUUCGCCAGGAUUUGGAGGUGGUGGGAGUUCGCCAGCCUUAAGAGGGAGUCAAAGAUGAACACUUUUGUUACGAGAGUAGAAGAAACUAUUGGAGAAGAAAAGACAACGACUUGCUUUACGAAGAAGGAAAAUAACAGCGAGAUCUGGAUCAUCCUCCAUACCAACUAGUGCGGAUAUUUUUUAUCGACGAGUCGCA